GAGCUGCUGUGCUGGCAGCAGCAGGCGAGGGCGCGGCUGCGGGGUUCCUGGUGCUGAGGAGCGACGCCAUUGGAGCCCCAGGGAAGGCUGAGCUCUCUUCUUGGGACCCAGCAUGGCUGAGGGAAGCUCCCCCAUGGAAUCAGAAUGCUGCAACGUUGAAGACAUGGAAGACGGUCUUGAAGAAGUUAGGGAGUACGAGAUGUUUGACGGAAAUGAGUAUGAAGAAUUUGGUGCUUUCGGAGGCUAUGGCACCUUCACCAGCUUUGACAUUCAUCUCCUCCGAGCCUUUGGGAGCCUGGGUACAAGCCUGCGUGUCUUGGCGAAUGAGCCCUGGGAACUGGACCACCCUAUGCUGGCCCGGACCCUGGUGGAUGCAUUCCGAGCGGAUCCAGAACCAGCUCCCAAUGAGGAGGACGAUCAGUCUGGCAAUGCAGGCCGAGGUGACUCCAACCGUGCUGCUCGGACGGCUGCCCGGGCGGCUGCCCGGGCCGCUGCUGCUGCUGCCCGUGCCCUCUACAACCAGGUGGUCACUAGCCGCCCGAUGGCCACAGACCAGGCCUCGAGAGAAGAUACCCAGGCCAUGGCAUCUUCUCCGCACAGCUCCCAGAUGCCAGGCAACAGUGAGAUGGCUGCCUCUGGGGCGCCAGCAACCUCCUCACAGCCCCAGCCAGGCUCCCAGGCCCGGGAGGCUGCUUCCUCUCGGGCUCCAGGUGCCAGUGAGGUGGAUGCCACCCAGCCCAAGAAACCCUUUCUGGGUCAGAAUGAUGGCUUUGAUUUCACCCAGCCGGCAGGUGUCAGUGGCAUAGCCUUCCCACGCCCCAAGAGACCCGCCCCGGCCCCAGAGCCUGCCCCCGAGGGCCCCAGUGCUCAGGCAGCAUCUGCUGGGGAGGGGGCAGCCACCAGGCCCAAGACCGCCAAGUCUGGGAAGGCCCUCGCUAAGACUCGGUGGGUGGAGCCUCAGAAUGUGGUGGCAGCAGCUGCUGCCAAGGCCAAGAUGGCCACAAGCGCCCCUGAGCCUGAGGGUGCAGCUGCCACUGCUCAGAACAACCGCGAUGAGCCCUGGGCCAGGAUGGGAGGCAAGAGAACAAAGAAGUCCAAGCACCUGGAUGAUGAGUAUGAGAGCAGCGAGGAGGAGAGAGAGCCUCCUGUGGUCCCACCGACCUGGAGAGCAUCGCAGCCCCCACUGACAGUGCGGGCUCAGAUGGCCCCGCGGGCUCAGAUGGGCCCUCGGCCCCCGAUGGCCGUGAGGCCCCAGGUACCCUCGAGGCACAUACUGUGCUUGCCACCCCGCAACGUGGCCCUUCUGCAAGACAGGGCAAAUAAGUUGGUGAAAUAUCUGAUGAUUAAGGACUACAAGAAGAUCCCCAUCAAGCGCUCAGACAUGAUGAAGGACGUCAUCCGAGAAUAUGACGAGCACUUCCCUGAGAUCAUUGAGCGGGCGACAUACACCCUGGAAAAGAAGUUCGGGAUCCACCUGAAGGAGAUCGACAAGGAAGAACAUCUGUACAUUCUCACCUGCACGCGGGAUUCUUCAGCUCGCCUCCUGGGAAAGACCAAGGACACGCCCAGGCUGAGUCUUCUCCUGGUGAUUCUGGGAGUCAUCUUCAUGAAUGGCAACCGUGUCAGCGAGGCUGUCCUCUGGGAGGCACUACGCAAGAUGGGACUGCGCCCUGGGGUGAGGCACCCAUUCCUUGGCGAUCUGAAGAAGCUCAUUACAAACGACUUUGUGAGGCAGAAGUACCUGGAAUACAAGAAGGUCCCCAAUAGCAGCCCGCCCGAGUAUGAAUUCUUCUGGGGCCUGCGGGCCCGCUACGAGACCAGCAAGAUGAGGGUGCUGAGAUUCAUCGCCCAGUAUCAGAACCGAGACCCCCGGGACUGGAAGGCUCACUUCCUGGAGGCUGUGGAUGAUGCCUUCAAGACUAUGGAUGCGGAUAUGGCCGAGGAGCACGCCAGGGCCCAGAUGCGGGCCCGGAUGAACAUCGGAGAUGAAGCUCUGAUUGGACGGUGGAGCUGGGACGACGUACAGGUGGAGCUCCUGACCUGGGAUGAGGACGGAGAUUUUGGCGACGCCUGGGCCAGGAUCCCCUUUGCUUUCUGGGCCAGAUACCAUCAGUACAUUCUGAAUAGCAACCGUGCCAACAGGAGAACCACUUGGAGAGCUGGCGUCAGCAGUGGCAACAUUGGUGCGGCCAACGCCAGCCUCAUAGAUGGCCCUAGCACCAGCUCCACCAUCCGGAGCAGAAAUGCCGCCAGAACCACUGCCAACUUCUUCUCCUGGAUCCAGCAGCGCUGAUGACCUGCAGCAACCGCCCAGCCAGAGUGCCUCCUCAGACCCCGUGUUCACUCCUCAGACCCCGUGUUCACAUAGCACUCUCGGCAGCCUCUGCCUGCCCAUCGAAGAUGGCAUGCAAAACGAAGCUCUCUUUGCCCUCCUGCUUUCACUGUGUGCUGUUGUCGUGCUGUCGUGUUUUUGGUAUCGGUGUCACAUUAAAGAUGCAAAAUGAAAUGGCA